CCAUCUCUCACUCUGUGUAAUAGAGUACUAGUAUAGUAACUAGUAGCAAAGGAAGGAGAAGGAAAUGGCUUCCUCCAUGCUCUCUUCCGCGGCCGUCGCCGCCACUCCGGCACAGACCAACAGGGUGGCCGCCUUCACCGGUCUCAAAUCCGGCGCCGGCUUACCCGUCAGCAAGAAGACCAACACCGACAUCACCUCCAUUGCUAGCAAUGGUGGCAGAGUAAGCUGCAUGCUGGUGUGGCCCACAGUGGGCAAAAAGAAGUUUGAGACUCUCUCCUACCUCCCACCUCUCUCCAAAGAAUCUCUGCUCAAGGAAGUUGAAUACCUUCUCAGAAUGGGAUGGGUUCCUUGCUUGGAAUUCACACUUGGUAACGCAUUUGUGUACCGUGAGAACCACAAGUCACCGGGGUACUACGACGGAAGAUACUGGACAAUGUGGAAGCUGCCCAUGUUUGGAUGCACAGACGCUAUUCAGGUGGUGAAGGAGCUUGACGAGGCUGUAAAGACCAACCCUACUUCUCACGUCAGAAUCAUCGGAUUCGACAACGUUCGUCAAGUGCAGUGCAUCAGCUUCAUCGCCUACAGGCCUCCACCCCCACCCCCACCCCGCCCUUGAAUUGCCUAACCUGGUUCUGAUACCGUUUGUAUCCUCCUUCCACUUUUGUUGGGUUCAGUGUAUUUGAAUUGUACUCAUUAUUGUAAGAACGUCUUACCUUACCGUUAAUGUUUUGUGUUUUUCCGUUGUAUUAUCAUGUCGUCCUCUGUCUUGGUGUCAUGUAUUUCGGAUUUCCAUUUGAAAUUAAGGUACGAGACCUUAUGAAUAA